GCCUCGUGACUGACACUAUAAGAACGAAGGUAGUUACACAACGCUUUCAGUCCGUUCCAUGCUGUCGUGUGCAUCAUUUAAACUCAGACCAGAGAGACCUUUCUUGCACAGUAAUCCCAUAAACUCUCGAUCAUGAAAGCAAUACUUUUGCUGUCAGUGUUUGCUGUUUGCAGUGUUGCCAUGGAUGAAGGGCCAUCAUUCUGUCGUGGAUUAGACUGCCCACACUUUACAGUUAAGAAGAACACAUCAGAUUACCAGGAACGGUGCUAUCAAGAAUACAAAUGGGUCUCGACUGUUGUCGCAGGCUACACAUACAAGAAGGCUGUUGGCAUGGGAUUCAUGCGUUUGUUUGAUUACAUCGAAGGACAAAAUAACAAAUCAGCGAAGAUACCUAUGACAGCUCCUGUUCUCGUUCAGAUCCAGCCAGCUCAGGGACCAUACUGCAAAAACAACUUCACUGUUAACUUCUUUGUACCAUUUGCCAUGCAAGAGAACCCAAUUCCUCCUACUUCGAAAGAAGUGUUUGUCUCUAGCCUUCCUGAGAUGUGUGCCUAUGUGAGGACCUAUGGUGGUUUUGGAUCAAACACUGAUGAUAUACUAAAGAAUGCAGCUGAUUUGUCGGAAGCUUUGCUUAAAGAUGAUUUACAAGAUACUUAUCAUAAAGACUUUUAUUAUUAUGCUGGUUACGACAGUCCCUUCCAAUUAUUUGACCGCCAUAAUGACAUCUGGUUUAUGAGGAAAUGAAAACUUCCUAUGAAGUUAGUACGCCUGAAAUAUCYAAAUCAGGUKUUUCCGAGUUAUAGAGUUCAGUGUUGUAGAUAUUGUUCUAUUAUUCAGCACGGACGAAAAUCGUCGUGAUCUGUAAAAAACUCAAUUAUAACGAGUAAUAUGUGAUUGAAUAUUAAAUGUUAUUAUUGAAAAGAAUCGUC